AUGUCCGAUGGCAAUGAGACGCCCGACAGGUUGAGCACCCCGAAGAUCACUAGAAGUUCAAUGACACCUACUGAUAAAAAUCCUGAAUCAGAGAAAAAAUCAAAUGAAAUUAGAGUACCUAAAAUUCCCUUAUUUACGUUUGCCAAAGGCAAAAACUAUUCAAAGCCGUCAACUGCAACUCAUAACUCACCUAAUCAACCAACAAAGGCGAACCAAGUGCUUCAUAAAGAAUCACAACAAACGAAUUCCUCACCAUUAAGGAAGAAUAAUUAUAACUCUUUUUCUCAUUCAGGCCUAGAAAAAGUGAGCAAUAGCAAACUACUCUCCCUCCUUCGAUCUAAGACGUCACCGGGAGGAAUUGAAUCCAACACUUCCAAGACUCUAGCGAAUAUUGAUCAAGCGCCUUUUCUUCCACACGCGGAGCAACCAACUUUUGGUUUGGAUGCUAGACCUGAACAUACUAUAAUACCAAUAUCAAAAACCCGAAGCAAUAACUCGUUUUUAUCGGGAGUGAAAAACUUAUUAAAUGAAGGGCAGAUGAGUAACCAAGUUCCAAGCACAGAUUUGGCAAAUGCAAAACCUUUUCUUUCUGAGAAAUCGCUUGAGAGGGAAGCGACGGCCACCUCUACAACCGUGGUUUCCAUCACCAAGAAUAAGACUGUCGGAAAAUCUAACAUGCUAGAAGGAGAAAAGAAAGCUUUGAACAUAAUUGAAAAGUCUACUUGUUUGGAUACACCGCCAACAACGACUGGAAAUACUAGUGAUGCGUCACAAUUGCUAGAAAAAAAUGAAACAAAGGAUCUUGGAAGUGCUACACCGGAUACCGCAUCUACAAAAGAAUCUGAAACAAGCAGGGAACCUAGUGAUAAGAAUUCGGGAAUGAGUUUAAAAAAUUUAGGACAGCAUGGCGGGUCUAAUGUGCCCCUAUCGACUUCAGACACUAAAAAGGCAUUGAAAAUAAGAUACGAUCAAACACUAAAGAAAGCCUAUCCGCCUUUGAAAGAAUUUGUUACUAAUCGUAACGAAAGAGAAUUAUCUAAUGAGGUAACUGUAUUGCCCUUCGAAAAUGAGCAUGUAUCAUCUAAACUAGAAAUGAAGAAGGAUGCUGACCUUCAGCGAAUGGAGAUCUUAAAAUCACCUCAUUCGUCGAGUGAUUCAACCGAAAAAUCUCAUGAAGCUAAAAAUACUCGAGAUGAGUCAACUGAUGAUGAAGUUACUGACGAUGAAGUUACUGACGAUGUCACCUCUCCUAACGAAAGUGAAGGCUACAAAAGCGUGCAUAUUCCUAAUUAUGAAUUUACAGGAAAGGAAGAUCAAGAGAACAAUCUUACGAACAGUAAAAAUGAUGAAGCCAAUGAAAUUAAAAACAAAUUACCUGAAACCAAGAGCAUCGAGGCUAACAUAAGGGAAGUAACAGAAGAAACAGUCAAACAGGUACAUCGCGUUCGAGUAAGUAGUGGAGAAAUUGUAUUUCAAGGUUCCCGGGCGAACACUCGAUCCGAUUCAGCAGAUGAUAUCUCAAAUUUCUCGGCACCAAAAAGAGCUAGGCUGGAAGAUCUGCUAAAUCCAUCGAAGAAAAAUAAACCUAAUGAAGAAUCACCCUCAAAUACGUCAAAGGAUACAAUAAACACUUCCAAGUGCCGAGAGUCCGAAUUAAUGGUUCAAAGAAUCUCAAACACCACAGAAAUAAUCAAUAAAUCCGACAUCGGUACGAAAGAUGGUUUGCACAAACCAUUAAGUGGUACUAUUCCUUCUGCAAAAAUAGCUAAACAAGGAAAUGAUGCAAAAAACAAAAUGCAAGACCUUUCUCAUGCUAAACCCGCUUCAAUUAACUCUUCACCAAUAAAUCAAAUGCAUAAUAAUCGUAAAGGUGGACCACCAGGACAUACUGAUGUAGAAGUAACAAAGAAAAAGCCUAGUGACGUUUCUAAUGGAGAACCAGUUCGUAAUGGCUUUGAGAAAAAAUCUUUAUCAAAUUUGUUCUCAAAAGUCUUGAAGAAUUCCUUCAAUAAAAAUGAAAACAAUCCUUCUGACGGUAAUGCUUUGCAUAUGUUAAGAGGAAAGACCAAAAUUUUGGAAAAUACUGUUCCUACGGAAAGGUUAGGGAACAAGGUUGAUGACAUACCACUAACCCAACCAGUCAGCGGAAGUAAGCCUGAGAAUACUGAUGAUUUCCAAGUUUCUUUAUCGCAGCCUAUGAAAAAGACCUUUGUGUGUUCUGCAAAGGAGGAGCAAAUAAAAGAAGAGAGCUUUUACCGCGGAAGAAUAGAUGCAGCGAUAUCUCACCCAGGAAAAAUGGAGCUUAUAUACGUGUCUGAUUCAGAUGAUACUUCUUCAGAAAAUGAUAGUUUGAGUGAUACAGAGAGUUUGGCCUCUCGUGAAUCAAAUGAAAGCAAAGUAGUUAAAGAUUUAGGUAGCAGCGCUGAAAAAAACCAGACUCAAACAGGAAAAUGGUUCGACCCUGCGUUGGAUUGGCGGAAAUCUGAUCGUGAAUUAACAAAAAAUGUUCUUUGGAGACUAGCUGACAAAGCAAUAUACAAUAAGAAAACAAUAAGUGACCUUAUUGAACAAGGGAUCCCAAGACACAGCUAUUUGAGUGGCCACCCCUUGACUAGUGUGACUAAUGACGUUUGCUCUGUUGAAAAUUAUGAAACGUCAAAUGCAUUUUUUUACCAGCAAGUGCACAAGAAGGACAGGUUACAAUAUUUGCCGUUAUAUGGGGCUCCAAGGCUAACAGAUUUGGAUAGUACUAAAGCAGAAAAUCCGACUAAUAAAGAUACCAAUUUAGAACCAAGCCCUUCUCCCACCAAAACUUCUCAAAUAUUGGCUGUAUCAUCUCCAUUAGGCUCCGAAGCAACAAAUACUCCAAUAAAGCAAAACGGUGCACUUCUUGCCAAGGAGAUUAUCACGACAGCUCAUAGUGAUACUAAUCACAAUAAAUGUAAAAAUAUGAAAGAGAGUCUAUCUAAAGACUCUUGGAAACAAGAAUGGCUAACAAACUUGAAACUUGUUUCUGUCUCACUUGUUGAUGAAUUUCCUUCAAAACCCUCCAGUAAAGAAAGACAAAGGAGUAAUGAAAAAAUGCAGCUACUGAAAGAUGUAUUUGCUAACAAGUUUGGUUCAAAUAUUUCCAACACUUUUACUGAAAGUGAUAUUAUCAUAUUAAGAGGCGAAGUAGAGGAUUUUCCAAUGGAUUCUAAAGUCAGAACCUUUUACAACGAAAUGCAGAACAAUACUGGGAUGAAAAGAGCCAGGUUUUGGUCAUUUACGAAGACACUGAGAUUUGUUGCCAACAUGGGAUUUGAUAUAUACAAGCCGCGAGGACCUGCCUCUAGACUGGCGACAAUCAAACCGCACGAAGUCGUACCGCAACAGAUGAUAGACGCCAAACUCACACCGAAAGAUAAAACACUGCGACCAAUAAAAAAACAGGCGUCGAUUGAACAAGUAGCUGCAUUACUGCCGCCCGGUAAGAAGACUGUAGUGCAAAAAAACGCAACGAAAACGAAAACACCGCCAGAAAAUGACAGACUAAAAGAGGUUCUCAAAUUUGAGGAAGGAGAAAAAGCUACUGUAAAUGGGAAGGAUGUGUUACAAACCACAUCACUAAUUUCCCAAAACCAGGUAUCUUUUGAACAUUCUAAUUUUGGCAAAAACGCUACAAAUGUUAACGCCCGUCCAGUUAUCUCAACUGAAAAUAUCACGGACAACAACACAACAGACAUUCUCAACACUAUUGAUAUUCUAAAAACUAAAUCGCAAGUUAAUAUCCAACCAGGAAAUAUACACGCAUCGACCGAGAGGACAGAAUAUGAAGAUGGAAAUAAAGAAAAGGGAAUCAAAAAGUCGGAAGAUUUGAAAAAUAACAGUGUUUCCUUUGUAAAUGAUGUUCUGUCAAGGACGGCGACACUACUGAAUGAAAAGGAAAGACAAUUGGAUAUCGCAAAUGACAUCAUUCGGUCUUUGUCGGAUGAGGUUAUGAGAGAUGAAAUCAGAAUAACAUCACUCAAAGGAGAUUUAAAUUUUACAAAAAAAUGUCUUGAGGACAUCAAAAGCCAAAUGUCUGAGAAGGAUGUCAGAAUUAGAAAGUUGAUGCAAAGAAUUUUCAAAAAAAGAGGAAGAUAA